AUGCACUUCUCUUCUCAAGCAGCUCUGGCGCUGGCCGCCGCCACAGGUGCCAACGCCCAGCUCCACCAGCUCGCCGUGGCAGCCGGCUUGAAAUAUUUCGGCUCCGCCACCGACAACCCCGAGCUCACUGACACAGCUUACACUGCCAUCCUCAAUGAUGCCACCGAGUUCGGCCAGAUUACCCCUGGCAACGCUCAGAAAUGGGACACGAUCGAGCCUCAGAACGGCACCUUCUCCUUCACCAAGGGUGACGUGAUCGCCGACCUUGCCAAGAAGAACUCUCAGCUCCUUCGAUGCCACAACCUCGUCUGGUACAACCAGCUGCCUUCCUGGGUGUCCUCGGGCUCGUGGACCAACGAGACCCUCAUCGACGUUCUCGAGGCCCACAUUGCCGGCGAGGUCGAGCACUACAAGGGCCAGUGCUACGCCUGGGAUGUCGUGAACGAGGCCAUCAGCGACAAUGGAGACGGUUCCUUCCGUGACAACGUAUUCUACAAGACCAUCGGCGAGGCCUACAUCCCGAUCGCCUUCAAGGCGGCGGCCGCCGCCGACCCGGACGCCAAGCUUUACUACAACGACUACUCGAUCGAGUUCUCUGGAGCUAAAGCGACCGCAGCCCUCGGAAUCGUCGACCUGGUCCAGAACGCCGGCGCCAAGAUCGACGGCGUCGGCAUGCAGGGCCACUUCAUCGUCGGCAACACCCCCUCCGCCAAGGACCUCGCCGGCGUCCUGGAGCAGUUCACCGCCAAGGGCGUCGAGGUCGCCUACACGGAGCUCGACGUGCGCCACUCGUCCGUCCCCGCCGACGCCGCCGCCGUCCAGCAGCAGGCCACCGACUACACGAGCGUUGUCAACGCCUGCCUGCAGGUCGAGAACUGUGUCGGUGUCACCGUGUGGGACUUCUACGACAAGUUCUCCUGGGUCCCGUCCACCUUCGAGGGCGCCGGCGAAGCCUGCCUCUACGACGAGAACCUGUCCAAGAAGCCCGCAUGGACCGCCGUCUCGUCCGCCCUGGCUGCCGCCGGCACGGGCGGCGUGGCCUCUUCCUCCGCGGCGAGCUCCGCCGCCGCUGUCGCCACUGGCGCUUCGCCCUCCGGCGUUGCGUCGGGCUCUGCUGCCCAGGCCGUCGCCAGCUCGUCUGCGCCGUCUACUGCCCCUGCUGCUGCCGUCACCCAGGUCUCUCCUACUUCCUCCGUUGAGGCUGCUGCCCCUACUUCCACUGGUAAGGUGUGCACCAAGAGGACCAAGACUGUCUACGUCACUGCGUCUGUGUAA